GACUAAUAUAGCAAACAAAACUCGUCAAAAACACUGCGUGGAAAACCACUGUUCCUUGUCAAAAAAGGGCCCUUCUGUCAAAUGCUGCUUGUCAAAGAAGCGAAAAUCCAAAGCAAUCAUCAAAACUCCAAAUUCCUAGCGGCGACCACGGAGCUCCUGCGUAAGGAUGGGUAACUACGUGUCGCUGUAUCUGACCAACCCGAAAGGAACCCCGCAGCCGCUAACGGAACCGAGUUUCGACCCGAACCUUGGUUUUCCCAAUGGCCGGAAGGAACGGGUAAUGAUUGCUACCCCAGAGGAAAUGGAAGCAGCAAAGUUACCCCUGGAAUCCCGUGAUUACUGUGCCCACAAGCUGAUUGAGUAUCGUGCGUGCCGGGCUAAUGUUUGGCCAUGGGCGUACAAAUGUGCCCACGAAAAGCACGAAUACCUUAACUGCGAAUACGAUGACUACAUUCUCCGGCUGAAAGAAUACGAACGCGAGAAGAGAUUGCUGCAGCGAAAAUUGAAAAUCGAAAAGAAACAGGCGCAAGAGCUGCACGCGUAAUGAAGGGUGAACUUGAAGAUCCAAUUUCAAUCCAGCGAAAAUUUCAGUUCGAGCACACGUUGUUUUCGUUACCGAUACUCGGCGGAAACGCACCAUGUGGAUACAGAGUCAAUAGAGAAGUACAUACUUGAAACGGAA